CACAGUCCUGCCAGAGCCUACAGCUGUGUAAAGGUCCUCUCUUCUCGUGUCCUCUCGUGACCAGCAGACAGACAGUCAUCAUGCACUACAGCCAGAGCACCGUCACCGGACCUGUGGUCUCCACCAGACAGAGCCGCAGCUUCACAUCCUACGCUGUUCCCCAGAAGGCUCACAGCGUGUCCGCGUUCGGCUACAGGUCAACCCCCCGCAUGUCAUCCUCUUCAAUGCGCACCGUCUCCUCUGGACUGGGAAGCGGCUUUGGGGCUGGAUGCGGCCUUGGCGGAAGCAGCAGCUUUGGCUGGGGCAGUGGCGGCGGCGGCUUCGACCUGUCCCUUGCCGCCGACCAGAGCUCUCUCCACCUGAAUGAGAAGGCCACCAUGCAGAACCUGAACGACCGUCUGGCCUCCUACCUGGAGAAGGUCCGCUCUUUGGAGGCGGCCAAUGCCAAGCUGGAGAGGCAGAUCAGAGAGUACUACGAGCAGAAGGGGCCUGCAGCAGAGAGGGACUACAGCCACUUCUGGGUCAUCAUUAAUGAUCUGAAGGACAAGAUCCACAACGCCACCACCAACAAUGCCAACAUCCUGCUCCAGAUUGACAACUCCAAACUGGCUGCUGAUGACUUCAGAAUCAAGUAUGAGCAUGAGCUGAUGAUGCGCCAGUCAGUUGAGGCUGACAUUGCCAACCUCCGCCGCCUGCUUGACCAGACCACCCUGACAAAGGCUGACCUAGAGAUGCAGAUCGAAGGCCUGCGUGAUGAGCUGGCCUACCUCAAGAAGAACCACGCAGAGGAGCUGGCAGCACUGCGCUCUCAGCUUACUGGCACAGUCAAUGUGGAGGUGGAUGCUGCACCUCAGCAAGACCUGAACAAAGUCCUGGAGGAGAUCCGCGCCCAGUAUGAGAGCAUCAACGAAAAACACCGUCGCGACCAGGAGGCCUGGUUUAAUGAGAAGUCGGCAACCCUGAACAAAGAAGUGGCCAUCAGCACAGAAACAAUCCAGACGUCCAAGACAGAGAUCAGUGACCUGCGACGCACACUGCAGGGCCUGGAGAUUGAGCUGCAGUCUCAGCUCAGCAUGAAAUGCGCCCUGGAGAACACAUUAGCAGAGACCGAGGCCCGUUACAGUGCCAUGCUCGCCGGCUACCAGAACACCAUCAACAUGCUGGAGACAGAACUCGCCAACGUGCGCGCCAGCAUCGAGGAACAGGGCUCUGCAUACAAGAUGCUGCUGGACAUCAAGACAAGGCUGGAGCAAGAGAUCGCAACAUACAGGAGCCUGCUGGAGACAGAGGAGUCCAGACCAAUUGGCACCGGGGGCUCAAAGACCACCAUCACCACCACCACUGUACGCAGCUAGAAUGUCCAACUGGCAGGACAAGCUGUUCUCAGACACACAUGCACACACAUGCACUCCAACUAAUACGAGCUGUUACACAAGAAGAGUAAACUGUACUGAAAAAAAAGAAAAAACCUGAAAUAUGUCAAAGUUCAUGAAACAGUAUUUGCAAGAGAAUUUCUCUUUGCCCUGUGUGUGUUUGUGUGACCUGUCUGACAAAUAAAUCUGCUGGUGAAUAUAA